GGUGAGUGAGGGCGAUGGGGGGGGUGGCUGGUCCCGGGCCAACGCGGGCCGGAGCGCCGCCACCUGCAGUCCCGGGCUCGGUGGGACCGCGAAGCCGCGGCUGAGGCCUUCCGAGAGGAGGAAGUGAAGCGGGGAAAGGAACAUAGGAGUCCUGAAGAGGGGGUGGUAAAUAUUGCAGUUGUUCCAGUUUUAGAAAAGAUGGAAAUUCAGGACUCUCACUACACGUUCCCCAGCUCGCAAAUACCAGAAGAAGAUCCCCUGAUCUCCAAGCCAUUGCCUAGGAGCCGUUUCCGCAAGCCACCUCCAGAUACGUGCCACACUGUGUAUGUGAUUUUCUUCAUCCUUGGUAUUGGCUCGCUGCUGCCUUGGAAUUUCUUCUGCACUGCCAAGCAUUAUUGGUUGUAUAAACUGGGCAAUGGCACAGAUCAGUCUCACCAGCAGAAUGACCUUAGUAGUUACUUCGAAAGUUACCUUUCGAUUGCAUCAACUGUGCCUUCUAUAGUGUUCCUGGUCAUCAACUACCUCCUGGUGGGCAAAAUUUCUGCUCGGGUUCGAGUGCUGUCAUCACUGUCCAUCAUGCUUGUUAUAUUCUGCAUCACCACAGUUCUGGUCAAAGUGGACACUUCCACAUGGAUGUAUGGGUUCUUUGGUUUGACCAUGGGCUGUGUGGCCAUUGUCAGUGGAGCUUCAAAUGUGUUUCUGGGAAGUGUGUUUGGAGAGAUUGGAAGAUUUCCCAUGAGAAAUGCCCAGGCUUUGAUUUCAGGACAAGCCAUGGGUGGAACGAUUAGUGCAAUUGCUUCAAUAGUUGACCUGGCUGUUGCUGGUUCUAUUUUGGACAGUGCACUGGCCUAUUUUAUUACUGCUGAUGUCUUCCUUGUGAUCUGUAUUAUCAUCUACUUGCUGCUGCCCACAAUCCCAUAUUCCAACUACUAUCUGAGGAAUCUGAAUGAGAGAACACAACAUCUCGGAGAUGAAAAUGGCUACAUACAGAGCAGUGAAACCAGCUCGCUUGAAGGGUCAGUCAGGAGUGAUUCACUGUCCAGUGAUGCUACUACGGCUUCUCAAUUGAAACCAAUCCUCAAAAAGACUGCACCCCUGGGCUUCAGUGUGUUUUACACCUUUUUCAUUUCCAUUAUUAUCUUCCCUUCCAUCUCUUCCAACAUCAAGUCAGUUUCAAAGAAUUCAGACAGUGUGUGGACCACCAAAUACUUUGUACCUCUGACCAGCUUCCUCUUAUAUAACUUUGCAGACUGGACAGGUCGACAGGUAACUGCCUGGAUCCAAAUCCCUGGACCAAAGAGUAAAUUUCUUCCCAUCCUGGUGGUGUUGCGAACAUUGUUCCUGCCUUUGUUCAUAUUCUGUAAUUACCAGCCCCGAGAACACUUACACACAGUAUUCUUUGCUCAGGAUUUUUACCCUGCUAUCUUCAUCUCAGUUUUGGGCUUCACCAAUGGGUACUUGGGAACUCUGCCAAUGAUUUAUGGACCAAAGAUUGUGUCAAAAGAAUUAUCUGAGCAUACUGGAAUAGUGAUGUCCUUCUUCCUUGCUCUGGGUCUAGCUGUUGGCUCUGCCUGCUCUGCCCUCGUUGUUCAUCUGAUUUAGCAGAGACUUUGGUGGAAUUUCUAAUCAUUAAAUGCCAAAUUAACUCAGAUGGGGGCCACACCAAGAUUGGAAUUUCACUUUUUUGGACAGGUACUUGUACUAACUAAUGAUAAAGUGGAUGAAAAGACAUGUUUUUUGAAAGUGCCUUUAAUACCAUGCCCAGGACCUCCCAAACUACUUGAAGGCAAAGAAGUACUCUUGAAGUAUAAUCGCUGUUGUAACACAGGAAUCGCCUCCAAAUGUGAUUCUCACCUGUUAAUCUGUUCUGAUGAUAAGUUAAAAGUAAGUAUUGCCCAUGACGGGGAAGAAAUGCCCUGAUCUUUUUCAAAAUAAUGCAUCAAGAUCUGCAUUCACCUGAAAGCAAACAAGUUCUCUGUUUAAUUUCAAAUCAGAAUUGGCACAUCCAGGUGUUCUCUGCUCCAUCAUUACUGCACUGGCACAAUACCCUGGAGUUUUUGUGCUCGAGCCUUUGUAUUGAGACUUAGAUCCUUAACCUUCUGAUUCACAGGCAAGAGUGUUUACCCAUUGGACUAUGGCUGACAGGGUUGAAUCACGUGAUGGCUGUGUUCAUUGUGCUGAUCGAAUGGUCUUCACUCUGAACAGUCCCAGAUCAACUUUAAUGUAGAAUCUAUGCAACCAAGAGAGAGGGGUUGCUUUUAUGUGUGUGCAACCUUCAUAUUGCUCUUGACUAAGUAAGAACUUCCAUUAGUUCUGUAUAUUCCUUUUACCCAAUCAUCCUGGUACACUACUGCCCCUCACUACCCUUUCAGUGGGGGAGGUGGCUACGUUAAUUGUGGGUGGAACUGAGGUGGAAACUCGUUAAAAUACACCCUUUGCUGCCUCUAGUGAAAAUAGACCUCCAUCCCACAAACUUGAACUAAAUUUGUUUCAAAGGACCUCCAUUAACAGCAUUUUAAAUGCUAUGGCGUACUUAACCACACACUGGUUUUCUAUGGACGAUAUGCCAUGAUCCUAUAGCAUAGUUCAAAGAAACAGAAAUGUUAAUUUUUAUUUUUUAAAAUAUAUUGUUUACUCUUGGAACAUUGAAGAUCUGUUGUCAAAUGAUCUUCAUACUUAAAUAGCUUCCCUUUUUGAAAAAGAGGACAGUUUUUAAUUGAAAAAUAUUCUCAUACUUUAGGAGAAAAGCAUUGUGGAGAACAAUGUAUUUUCCAUUUACAACCUUAAGUCGUUACAAAUUGUCUAUUUUGCACAUGGUGGUUUGAGAGUUGGUUCGAAAGAGGUGAAAAUAAUUAAAACUAUGUUUAAAUAUGUUGAUUUUAUCAAUUUGCAUUGUGUAGCUCAACACAUUUAUAAGCAUCACUGAAGCUUCACAUGAGAAAGAGCUGGAAAAUAAAAACAUGGACCUAUUUUUAACUUC